AUGGCUAUCAAGAUUUGGCAUCUCUCUUCCAUAACAUGCCAUGCAUGCGCAAUUCACACCAAGAGGGUGACAAGGAUAUCCAAUUGUCUUGGAGGAUCAGAGACGAAAGAGCUUGAGGUCUGCCAUAUGAUGGGGGGAGAUUUUGGAGUUUCUGCUUUUAGUGAAGGGGAUAGCAUAUUUAACUGGAUUGGAACUAUUGAAGGUGGAAAAGGAACCAUGUACGAGGGCCUCCCUUACAAGCUCUCUUUAUGUUUUACCCUCGAUUAUCCUUUCAAGACUCCUCAAAUAAGUUCAAUUGUUAUUGAUCAUUUAAGACAUCAAGUCUACAUAAAGGUCGUGAUCAAGAAAAUGAAGAAAAAAUAUUACUCAUGGGAAGAAUGUAUAAAUCUUAGAGAAGUGAAGUCGCUGAGGAAAAUGAACCAUCCAGAUAUAGUGAAGCUCAAGGAAGUUAUAAGAGAAAGUGAUGUCUUAUACUUUGUUUUGUAG